AUUGUAAUUAUUUAAAAAUAUGUGAGUAUACAUGGAUAUUUCCCUUUUACAAAUUGGCUAUUUGCAGCCCAAAUUAUAUGGCCCAGCAGCCCAUUCAGAAAAAAAUGGUUUACUCGUCUGUCUCGCACUCUCCAAUCACACAGACAGAUCGAUCGAAUCGAUCAUUCCAACUCUAGCCCUAGCCACCAUCACUCCCCAAAUCCUCCCAUGGCUGAUCUGCACGCACUCGCACUCUCACUCGAACUCGGAGACUCUACAGAGCCCAAUCAAGAUCCCCUCCUAGAUAGCCUGGACCGACUUCAGACGCAAGUUCAAAGGAUCCUAUAUGGCGAGAUCCGAACUCAGACCCUACUUCAAAAUUUCGGCAAUAGCUUGACCCAAUUUCAGGAGAGCACGGCCCAACUUCAGGAGGUCACGACCCAACUUCUUGAGUCGACAAUUCAAAUGAACCUGAAGCUUGACGAAUAUACCCAGAUGGCUUCGCAAGGAGUAGGAAGUAGCUCAAGAAGUGGGAAACAGCCUUCUCAAGGAGUAGGAAGUGGCUUAAGAAGAAGUGAAAGAAUUAGGAAGUAGGGAUUUCAAACGGGCGACUUCAACGAUGUCAAAGAAUUAUUAUAUAAUUUUAGUCUUAAUUUUCUUAAUUAUGUUUGCACUGUGUUGUGAAGACGCUUAUUGCAGACAUGGUUUGUUCUUGUUAGCUUGUUUAUCUUGACUUCCUUGAAUUGCGAGAUUUCAAUUAUUUGUUGAUUCUGCUUCCAGUUCCCUCAGU